AUGGAGCCCAAGGACGCCCCUGGGAGAGAAGCCCCGAGCGCCAAGAGAAACAACCUGGCCUUCCUGCGGCCCCGGCUCUACAUGCUGGAGAGGAGGAAGACGGACACGGUGGUCGAGAGCAGUGUGGCGGGGGACCGCUCCGGUCCCUUGAGGAGGAGCCAGUCAGACAGGACCGAGUACAGCCAGAAACUGCAAGAAAAGAUGACCCCCCAGGCCGGAUGUUCUGCUGGGGAGAGUCCAAGCCAGGAGGACGAGCAUCAGAUGCAGAGAAUGAUGGCAAAGCGGUCCAAGAUCAUCAAGGAGCUGAUCCAGACAGAAAGGGACUACCUGAAUGACCUGGAGCUGUGUAUUCGGGAAGUGGUUCAGCCCUUGAGAAGUAAACAGGUUGAUGGGCUGGCCGUGGAUAGCUUGUUUAGCAACAUUGAAUCCGUGCAUCAGAUAUCAGCCAUGCUGCUGGCAUCCCUGGAAGAGGCUACGGCAGAUGUGGAACCAGCCCGGCAAGUCAUCGGGGAAGUCUUCUUGCGGAUGAAAGGGCCGCUGGAAGACAUUUAUAAAAUCUACUGCUAUCACCACGACGAAGCCCAUGGUGUGCUGGAGUCCUACGAAAAGGAAGAAGAACUGAAGCAGCAUUUGAGCCACUGUAUCCAGUCCUUAAAGAAAAUAUACAUGCAAGAAAGCAAACCAAACUUACUGGACAUGGGGUCUCUGAUGAUCAAGCCCAUCCAGCGUGUGAUGAAAUAUCCCCUGUUGCUGUGCGAGCUGCGCAAUGCCACCCCCGCUUCGCACCCCGACUUCAGGGCCCUGGAGGACGCCUUCGAGGCAGUGAGGGACAUUAACGUCAACAUCAACGAGCUGAAAAGACGCAAGGACCUCGUUCUAAAAUACAAGAAGAACGAUGAGGAUGAAUCACUCAAAGACAAACUGUCUAAACUGAAUAUUCAUUCAAUUAGCAAGAAAUCAAAAAGAGUGACAAAUCACCUAAAGAUCCUGACCAGAGGCGACUCACAGGUGAAAGACAGUACCUUUAAUCGAGAAGAGAAGCUAUUCCGGUCCUUGGAAAAGACCGUAAGGCACUGUGUAAAGAGCACUGCAUUCUGUCUCCAGCACAUGCAGGAAGCCAUGCCCUUAGCCCUGCAGAGUGCGAUGGGGCUCCACGAGAUCUCGUACAGCAAAGAUGAGGCGGAGAGGGGCUGUCCCGAGUCCCCCAGGAGUGCCCCAAAUCCCUGCGACAACUUUGCGGCUCAUCUGCAGAGACUGGUGCUGACGCCCCUGUCUGCCUUGCUGUCCCUCUUCCCGGGGCCCCAGAAGCUCAUCCAGAAGCGCUACGACAAGCUGCUGGACUACAACGGCUACCUGCAGCGGGCGGCAGGUGCCGAGUCGGACCUGGCCAAGAAGGAGUACGAGGCCCUCAACGCCCAGCUCGUGGAGGAGCUGCAGCUCUUCAACCAGGCGGCGCGGAAGAUUCUGUGGAACUGCCUGUGCGCCUUCAUCACCCUCCUCAGGGACCUGACGCUGGUGGCCCAGCGCCUUUACCCCACACUGCGGCUGGCUCCCCUGUCGGCCUCCAGCAUCUCUGAAAUUCAGAAUCGAGUGCUAGAGGAGGUUCAGAACCUGAGCUUCGUAAAGGACAACAGCGCCACCUUCAUCGAGAGGAAGCUCAGUUUUGAAAAGAAGAAGCCUGUGCAAAUUCUGCCAGAGGCACCGCGCCAGACCGAUGCCCACCGCGCCAAGCUCCUCUCCACCUGCGGCGCACAGGGGCUCUACCAGGCCAAGCGCAAGUGCAACGCCACCCAGGAGCUGGACAUCGACCUGCUGGAAGGGGAGCUGGUGGCCGUGAUGGAACAGAAGGACCCCCUGGGGAGCACCAGCAGGUGGCUGGUGGACACAGGGGCUGCAAAGGGCUACGUGUACUCCUCCUUCCUCAGACCCUACAAUCCAGCCAGAGCGCAGAAGGCAGGUGGCGACAGCAGGCUGCGCGAGGAGGAUUUUGAUAACAUCAGCCUCUUUGUGUCCUCCCGGCCAGCCAGUGGCAGCGUGGCAGGCACCCCCGAGGGCAGCGUGAGCGACAGCAGCUCCUCGCUCAGUGGCACAUCUGGGAAGUUCGAGGCAAACGGCACGGACGCCGACAGCUUUCAAGAGGUGGAAGAUCAGAUUUUCUAUGCAGUCCAUGCCUUUCAAGCACGGAGUGACCAUGAACUCAGCCUUCAGGAAUACCAGAGGGUGAAUAUACUUAGAUUUUGCGACCUAAGUGGCAAUAAAGAGUGGUGGCUGGCCGAAGCUCAAGGGCAGAAGGGGUAUGUGCCAGCUAACUACCUGGGGAAGAUGACUUAUGCCUAA